GGCGUCGUCGCAAUCGAUCAACACCUCCAAUGGCAAACAACUUGCCUUUCACAAUCACGCAGUGAGUACUUUCUGUUAUACACUGAUUUGCUUGAAGGGUAUACUAUUACAAGUGACUCCGAUUGCUAUACUCGCUUUCGCUAUCAGAAUCCCACUCAUCUUCCUCCGCGAUGAUGAAUGGGUUCUCUUGUCCCUCUCCAGGGAAUUGAUCCUGCUGCUUUAUCAUGAUCGUCACGACGUCUAUGAGAGAUUGUGCCGAUACGUCAUCCGGGGUAUCUCUAAAGCGUAUGGGCGGUGUGUCUACGAUACCGUUACCGCCUCGAAGAGGCGUUUCUGGUACAUACACUGGAGGAGGUGGGAAUAAUGGAGGUGGUGUUGCUGGCACUUCAUCCAUCGGCAAUGGACUCCGAAAAGGAUGCAACGGAGGAAAAUCCUCUUCGUUCGACGACCAAGGCGAUAUUAGGGCUGAAGCUGGCUUCACGGGCCGAUUAGAUCCCUCAUCGUCAUCGUAUAGUUGUGUGUAUACCGCAUAACGUCGACUUGGACGUAAAGGCGGACUGGAGGUCGUUGCGAACUUCUGUUUAAUUUGUUCGCGUUUCCGCUGACGCUCAUCUGGGAGGUA